AAGGGAAGCUGCCAACUGGCAGAUGCAUCCCAUUUAGAGAGAGAGAGAGAGAGAGAGAGAGAGAGAGAGGUUGAAGUCUGCUCCGUCAAAGUUGGAAGGGAAGGGGGGAAGAUCAGAUGGGUUCCUUUUUGCAGCAAUCACGGAGUAGCCGCGGCGGUAGCCAGUGGAGGUGGGUGGCGCUGGUGGCGAGCAUAUGGAUACAGUGCGCCAGCGGCUCAUCCUACGCCUUUGGCAUCUAUUCCCCCGCCCUCAAGUGGUCGCAGGGCUACGACCAAUCCACCCUCGACACCAUCAGCUUCUUCAAGGACGUUGGCGCCAACGUCGGUGUCCUUUCCGGCCUCCUCUACUCCGCCUCCGCUCCAGGCAGGCCUUGGGUGGUGCUCCUCGCAGGCGCCCUUCAGUCCUUUCUCGGCUAUUUCAUGAUGUGGGCAGCCGUGGCGGGGCUCGUCGCCAGACCCCCCGUCCCCCUUAUGUGCUCCUACAUGUUCCUUGCAGCUCACGCCCAGACGUUCUUCAACACCGCCAACGUCGUCGCCGCCGUCGAGAACUUCCCCAACUCCCGAGGCACCGUCGUCGGCCUUAUGAAGGGCUUUCUUGGUCUUAGUGGUGCUAUAUUAAUUCAACUCUAUCAAACCAUGCUUAAGGGGAAGUCAAGCUCUUUCCUUCUUAUGCUUGCAAUAUUGACCUUGGUCAUCCCCAUCUCUCUCAUGUCGUUUGUCAGAAUCUCUCCAUCAAGUAAUGGAGAUGACAAGGAACAUCUGAACAAAUUCUCAGUUGUGGCCCUGGCACUUGCUGGCUAUCUUAUGAUCAUCAUUAUACUGCAGAAUUUGUUCAGUUUGGUGUUGUCAGUACGAGUGAUCUCUCUUGCUGUACUGGUAAUGGUGGUUCUCACUUCCCCUCUAGAAAUUGCUAGGAGAGCUGUAAUGAGGGACUGUUGCUCUACCCCUCAAGAGCUACCUGAUGAAGCAGUUCAUCUUCUGGGUGAUGCAGAAAAUCGAAAUAGUAUGAAACGAGGACACAUCAAUGAGAGAUUGGCCGAUGGUAAAUUGAACCUGAAACAUGAUUCUGUGAGGUAUCAAAGGAUCUCUAGUGUCGGAGGCCUAUGUUCUUCCUCCCAUGAAAAUAAAGGACUGUCGUGGGGAGAGAACCUGAAUCUUUUGGAGGCUAUGCAGACACUGGAUUUUUGGUUGAUCUUCCUAGCCAUGUCCUCUGGCAUGGGUUCAGGCCUUGCCACUGUUAACAACAUGAGCCAGAUAGGUGAAUCCCUUGGAUACGGCAGCAUAGAAAUACAUACUCUGAUUUCCUUGUGGAGCAUAUGGAACUUUCUCGGGCGUUUUGGUGCCGGUUACGUUUCCGACUAUUUCUUGCGUUCUAGAGGCUACGGCCGGCCGAUAUUUAUGGUCAUAACUCUAGCAGCAAUGAGUGUUGGCCAUGGGGUGAUCUCAUCUGGGUUACCUGGUGCUCUGUAUGCAGGUUCAAUUCUAGUUGGCGUGUGUUAUGGCGCCCAGUGGUCAUUGAUGCCAACCAUAGCAUCAGAAAUUUUUGGGGUGCGUCACUUUGGUACCAUCUUCAACACGAUAGCUAUUGCAAGCCCUGUGGGAUCUUUCUUCCUUUCUGUGAAGGUGGUGGGUUUCAUAUACGAUCUGGAAGCCUCAUCUUCCAAGACAUGCUCUGGCGCACACUGCUUUAUGUUGUCCUUCUUUAUAAUGGCAUCCGUGUGCCUUAUUGGUUCCGUUUUUGCCUUGACAUUGUUCUUUCGGACCAGAUCGUUAUAUAGAUACGUUUCUCAAGAAUGUCUGAUGAAUGAAUGAAAUGAAUAUCCUUGCGGAGUUCAGGUCAGUUCAGAGCGGGGAGGGAGAAGCUCAUUUUCUGUUUUGUGUAAAGAAAGAGACGGGGAAAGCCUCAUUUUCUCUUCGAUGUAAAGAAAACUAUCUUGUCGUUUAAUAAUUAUAGCCUUCA